AUGAAACCCGUUGCCCUUUUCGGGCUGGCCUCUGUGCCAGCGCUGGCCCUCAACAUCCCCGCACAGCAGCUUCUCUUCCCCGACGCCGAUCUCUCCGGCUAUUACAACAAGCUUCUAUCUAAGCCUUCUGCCCAGGAAACCUGCCCCCAAGCGCCAAAGGUGGAAUCUCCCAAUGACAGCUUUCACUCGUCCGAUGUAUUCCUGUCCGAUGAGGCUUUCCGCGCUCGCCAGGCUGAUCGUCUCUCGCGCGCGGUGCAAAUCCCAACUACUGUGGGUGACUACAUGAAAGACCCGUACGACGAGGCAUUCGAGCCUGUGGUCAAGUUCCAGUCGCUAUUGGAGAAGAUGUUCCCUCUAGUACACGAGCGCGCGGAGGUUGAUCAUAUCAAUCGCCUCGGCCUAGUAUUCACCUUCAAGGGAGCUGACACCACGCAAAAACCCAUUCUCUUCAUGGCUCAUCAAGAUGUUGUCCCAAUCGACGAUCCCUCAGACUGGACUCACCCGCCAUUUGCCGGUGUUUUCGAUGGUGAAUGGAUCUGGGGUCGCGGGUCUAGCGACUGCAAGAACGUGUUGAUUGGAUUGAUGUCCGCAGUCGAGGAUCUUCUCUCGCAAGACUGGAAGCCCAAGCGCACAGUCCUCUUCGCCUUCGGCUUCGACGAGGAGUCGCACGGAUUCCUUGGCGCUGGCGCGAUCUCAGCCGAGCUUGAAAAGAAGUAUGGCAAGGAUUCAUUUGAUUUCAUCCUUGACGAGGGUGGCAUGGGUCUGCAGAGCCUCGGCAAUGAAGCAGAUGCGAACGAUGAUGUCUUGUACGCCCUCCCUGCAGUUGGCGAGAAGGGUAGUCUCGACCUGAUCCUUGAUAUUGCUGUCCCCGGUGGCCACAGCUCUAUCCCGCCUGCACACACUGGUAUUGGUAUCAUGGCUCAGAUUCUGUAUGAGCUCGAGCGGAAGGAGCUGUUCCCUGCUUGGUUGGAUACUAACCACCCGGCACAUGGAAUGCUCCAGUGCCAGGCACGUUACUCACCCGACCAUGUGGAGACCUGGCUUGCGGACAAGCUGGCUGCACAGGAUCCCGCUGCCCUGGGAGAAGCUGUUGCCAGCUCCCGCGGUCCUGCGGUCCGGUACACCAUGCAGACCUCACAGGCCGCAGACUUGAUCCAUGGCGGUGUCAAGACCAACGCUCUACCAGAGAAGAUCCAGGCCGUUGUCAACUACCGUGUGGCACUUCACCAGACACCCGAUCAGCUUCUCGAGCGUGCUGUGCGUCUGAUCACUCCUAUCGCUGAAGAGCACAACCUCAAAAUGCGCAUUGCAUUCCCUGGCGUGGAGGAGUCCACAGAGGGAGGUGCAAGCGACCGCACAAUCACUUUCUCGCCUCUCAGUGUCCCCCUGAUCCCUGCUCCAAUCUCACCCACGGACCCUCUCACCUCGAAGGUGUGGGCGCGUUUCUCCGGUGUGGCACGUAGCGUCUUUGAAUCGCACCCGAACCCGCUUUCCAAAUCCAGCACCAAGCCCAAGGUGGUUGUUACUGGUGAUGUGAUGACCGGAAAUACCGACACGCGCUUCUAUUGGGCUCUUUCGAAGAACAUUUACCGCUGGAGUCCCUCUCGGGCUGGUGGCACGCUGAACAUUCAUACUGUGGAUGAGCGUAUUCGUUUGGAUGUGCAUCUCGAAGGCAUGAUGCUGUAUUACGACCUCAUUCGGUCCUUUGAUGACUGGAACGAAAAGUCCGAGUAA